AUGACGUCAACGACACGACGCACGCAUUAUAUAAUGAGUUCGUCUGACGUCAGCGUUCUCUUCCCUGCCUAGGCCCUCGUGUGGUGGGCAGUGUAAUAUUUGCUGUCGGCUUUUUCUCCACCGAGCGAAUCCAAAACCAUCCGUCAAAAUGGUGAACUUUACAAUCGACCAGAUCCGUGCCAUCAUGGACAAGAAGGCCAACAUCCGUAACAUGUCCGUGAUUGCGCACGUCGAUCAUGGCAAAUCCACCUUGACCGACUCACUCGUGUCCAAGGCUGGUAUCAUCGCCUCGGCCCGUGCUGGGGAAACCCGUUUCACCGACACGCGAAAGGACGAACAAGAUCGUUGCAUUACCAUCAAGUCUACCGCCAUCUCCAUGUUCUACCAGCUGUCCGAGAAUGACAUGGCCUUCAUCAAGCAGUCCAAGGAUGGCGCCGGCUUCUUGAUCAACCUGAUCGACUCUCCUGGACACGUUGACUUCUCCUCUGAAGUGACCGCUGCUCUCCGUGUCACUGACGGAGCUCUGGUGGUCGUUGACUGCGUUUCUGGCGUGUGCGUCCAAACCGAGACUGUGCUCCGCCAGGCCAUCUGCGAGCGCAUCAAGCCAGUCCUGAUGAUGAACAAAAUGGACCGUGCCUUGUUGGAGCUGCAGCUCGAGCCCGAGGACUUGUACAAAACUUUCCAGUGCAUCAUCGAGAACGUCAACGUCAUCAUUUCCACUUAUGGUGAAGAGGAUGGACCCAUGGGCAAUAUCCAGAUUGAUCCAGUCAUUGGCACCGUCGGCUUUGGCUCUGGCCUCCACGGAUGGGCUUUCACCCUCAAGCAGUUUGCUGAGAUGUACGCGGCCAAAUUUGCUGCCAAGGGCAACACCGAGAUGACUGGUGCUGAGCGUUGCAAGAAGGUGGAAGACAUGAUGAAGAAACUGUGGGGUGACAGGUACUUUGACCCAGCCUCUGGCAAGUUUUCCAAGUCCUCAAAUGGAGCCGAUGGCAAGAGGAUCCCUCGCAGCUUUGUCCAUCUUAUCCUUGACCCCAUCUUCAAGGUGUUUGAUGCCAUCAUGAACUUCAAGAAGGAGGAGACGAGCAAGCUGAUCCAAAAGUUGGACAUCAAGUUGGAUUCCGAGGACAAGGAUAAAGAAGGCAAGCCCCUGCUGAAGGCUGUGAUGCGUCGCUGGCUGCCAGCUGGAGAGGCCCUCCUUCAGAUGAUCACCAUCCACCUGCCUUCCCCCGUCACUGCCCAAAAGUACCGUUGCGAGCUGCUCUAUGAAGGACCCGACGAAGAUGAGGCCGCCAUGGGUAUCAAGAAUUGUGACUCCAAGGCUCCCUUAAUGAUGUACAUCUCUAAGAUGGUACCCACCAGUGACAAGGGACGCUUCUAUGCCUUUGGCCGUGUCUUCUCUGGAACCGUUUCCACUGGUCUCAAAGUGCGUAUCAUGGGACCCAACUACACCCCUGGAAAGAAAGAAGAUCUCUACUUGAAGCCAAUCCAGAGGACCAUUCUGAUGAUGGGUCGCUACACUGAGCCCAUUGAAGACGUGCCCUGUGGUAACAUUGUGGGUCUGGUUGGUGUGGAUCAGUUCCUGGUCAAGACUGGAACCAUCACCACCUUUGAGCAAGCACACAACAUGAAAGUUAUGAAGUUCAGCGUCAGCCCUGUGGUGAGGGUCGCCGUGGAAGCCAAGAACCCCGCCGAUCUCCCCAAGCUGGUGGAGGGCUUGAAGCGUCUGUCCAAGUCCGAUCCCAUGGUGCAGUGCAUCAUUGAAGAGUCUGGAGAGCACAUUGUUGCUGGAGCCGGAGAGCUUCACCUGGAGAUCUGCCUCAAGGAUCUUGAAGAGGACCAUGCUUGCAUCCCACUCAAGAAAUCUGAGCCCGUGGUGUCUUACAGGGAGACUGUCAGCGCCGAGUCCUCAAUCGUGUGUCUGUCCAAGUCCCCCAACAAGCACAACCGUCUGUUCAUGAAGGCACGGCCCCUUGAAGACGGUUUGCCCGAGGACAUUGAGAAGGGAGACGUCACCGCUCGUCAGGAGAUGAAGGCCCGUGCCCGCUACCUUGCAGACAAGUAUGACUGGGAAGCCACAGACUGCAAGAAGAUCUGGUGCUUCGGCCCUGACGGAACUGGGCCCAACCUGCUGGUGGAUGUGACCAAGGGAGUGCAGUACCUUAAUGAGAUCAAGGACAGUGUUGUGGCUGGCUUCCAGUGGGCUGUCAAGGAGGGUGUCCUCUGUGAAGAGAACAUGCGUGCGGUUCGCUUUGAUAUCCACGAUGUCACCCUGCACACAGACGCCAUCCACCGCGGUGGUGGACAGAUAAUGCCCACCACUCGCAGAGUUCUGUAUGCAUGCGAGCUCACAGCUGAGCCCAGAAUGAUGGAGCCUGUCUAUCUGGUGGAGAUCCAGUGUCCUGAGGCUGCCAUGGGUGGAAUCUAUGGUGUGUUGACCAAGAGACGUGGUCACGUAUUUGAGGAAGCCAGUGUGCUCGGUACACCCAUGCGUGUCAUCAAGGCCUACCUGCCUGUCAUGGAGUCGUUUGGUUUCACAGCCGACCUUCGUUCCAACACCGGUGGCCAGGCCUUCCCCCAGUGUGUCUUUGACCAUUGGCAGAUCCUCCCUGGAAACCCGUUGGAACCCACAAGCAAGCCCGGUAUUGUGGUCACCGAUGCACGUAAACGCAAGGGCCUGAAAGAAGGCGUGCCGGCCUUGGACAACUACCUGGACAAAUUAUAAAAGCCUGGACCACUAUUUGCUUAUUGCCUCAUUCCUCCCCCACACAUGUAAUCGGCACUGUGGGACCGGACUGUACAGAACACAGUGAGCACCAAGUUUGCCAAACGGAUUGACAAUAUAAAUGAUAAACCUAACAAAAAAUUGUAAACAAAUAAAAGGAAAUAAAACCUA